AUGUUCGAGACAGAUCUCAUAAAGAGGGCGGGAAACGACGCUACCAAUGUCAACCCCGCGACCGGAGUUGACCUCAAGAUGACAGAGCACGGCUCAGACUGGCUUUGGGCUGUGUUUUCUGUUUUCGGGCUCGUCUCUCUGAUCUACGCGGCGUUGUUCGUGGUGUUCGAGCACAGAGGCACCAAGAUCCACCGGUACGCAGUUGCAGGUCCACUGAGUAUUUCGCUAGUGCUGGCCUUCUCGUAUUUUACCAUGGCUUCGAACCUCGGCUGGACUGCGGUGCAAGCUGAAUUCAACAACCUGACAACGCCAAACCAAAGCGAGGUCCCCGGGAUCAGACAGAUUUUCUACGCCAAGUAUGUGGCCUGGUUCCUGACGUGGCCCGCGCUUUUAUAUCUCACUGAACUGACAGGGGUUGUUACUAGGGACUCUAGCAACAUUUUGGGCCCCAGACCAUGGUCGUUUUAUGACCUUGUUCACGGGCUGUUCCUGCAGAUCUGUGGAAGCUGGUUCUUCAUUAUUGGUCUUUUGGUGGGCUCUCUAAUCCACUCAUCCUACAAGUGGGGUUACUGGACCAUGGCAGCCUUCGCGCAGCUGCUGGUCACCUACCUCAUAUUUAAGCACCAGUUGGUGGACCUUACAAUCAGUGGCAUCAAGCUCGUCCUGCUGGUGUUCACCCACGUUUGCAUCUACCUCUACCUCGUGGCUUGGGGACUCUCAGACGGUGGCAAUGUGAUUACGGUCGACUCGUCCCAUGUUUUCUUCGGCAUAUUGGACCUUUUGAUCUUCGUCCUUGUGCCUGCACUGCUUGUGGCAACCGCCACCUCCUCGGGAGUCAUGCCAACGUUUUUCUCGAGACAUAAUGGCAGCAGCGACUUGGAAAAGCAAACCGCAAGUGACGAGGCUCUCAGACAAUCUGGUGAAACCGCAGUCCCAACUACCACAGUUGCGCCUCGCACCAACAUCGGGAUUACUACUCAAGAGCCAGUAGCGGCUUGA